GCAAGCUGUGAGGAGGAAGACUCUCCCAAACUCUUUGCAGAAACACAAACCGUUUGUGCCAGUGAAGUCCAAGAGAGUCAGAUGUUUGGUGCUGAGAUGACCUCUGAACCCUCUGCACUACCAGCGUGUCCGACCGCUGGAGAAGACACAGAGCCGGACCUGAGCACUCUCUGUCAGACCAACACACCAAUUUUGAGCUCAGCUGUAGCCGAGCACAGGCGCUCAGUUCGACCGUCCCGCAGGACCCAGGGUUCGAGGAAUCCAUUACGUGCUCUUGCUGCUCGAGAAGAUAUCCAGCAGGAUUUCAUGCAGUCUGAAGAAAACAGCGAAAUGGAGAAUAAUACAGCUAUGAAAAAUUCUAACUGCACCUCAGCUGAUGUCUCUUCCUCUGGAAAAGGGAGCAGACCCACAGUGCCAUACAACAAACUUAUGCUCAUCCAGGUUAAAGGGUGGAGGCAGGU